AUGCAUUUUUAUUUCCUAUUAAACUUCGUUUCAUUCGAAUCUCAUUUAACCGCGACUUUAAUAAGUGAAGAGUUUGCAGAGAUUUGGCAAAAGCUGCCAAGUGCUGCGAUGAAGAAAUGUUUAAUGUUUUCACUUCUGGAAAAACUUCUACCUCUAUCUAGUAAAGAAUUUCAAGGGAAAGAAAAACUCUCAAAAUAUGCUUCACGUUAUUUCAAGCGUUCAGAAGUUAUGACGAAGAAUAAUAAAAGGAAACCUAAAAAAACAUAA